AUGGGUGCCCCUCAAAAUCUUCCUUACCUUAACUGUGAACUGAGAAUCAUAAGAGCUAAGAACCUGGAAUUCAUACCGGCUGGAAACCUGUUUAUGAGGUAUUAUCUCUCUGCGAGAAACAACGAGAGAGUUCGGCUCAACAGUCAAGAAAUCCCAUCAACGGCUAGCCCGUGUUGGAACGAGUCAAUAUCGUUGGAGUGUUUCGGAUCGCAAGACUGUGUGGAGGAACUCAAGCAACAAACCGUGGUGUUUGAGCUCAGAUGGAGAAGCACAGCACCGAUUCUGGGGAGGAUCGGCGGGUCUAAGCUACUGGGCAAAGCAGAAGUAGCGUGGAAAGACGUUUUCGAGUCACCCGAGUUGGCAAUCGAGAAAUGGGUUACUACAAUUCCUGAGAGCAGAAGAAGAAGAAGCCUUCUCCAAGGCCUCAAGCCACCUGCACUGCAGAUAGGAAUGAAGGUUCGAAUACCAGAAGCGAAGGAGAUGGUGAAACGGAAGAUGGACGCAAGGUCGACGAGGUGGAGCGAGUGCGGCUGCAAGCACGGUGGCUGCAAUGGUGGAGAUGACGACAUUUUUGCACUCGCGGCAGCCUUGGAGGCGUUGUAG